UUGCGUGGGGAACGGGACGGGAGAGUAGGGAGGGAGUGGAUGGAUGGAGGACGUGAGUUGGUGCCGGGCAGAUAUGGGAGAAACAUGACCAUGGAGAGAGAGAGAGAGAGAUCUGGUUGAUUUUUCACUUGCAGCUGUUGAUUGAGGAUGGACGAGAUGAGCUGGGGACCGCGGGGAGCAUCCGGGGAUACACAUUCGCCGAGCCAAGGGAACAAGUGCAACGACCCCCUGCUGAAGCCUUCGCUCCUGGCGAGCGGCGAUGACAUCGAGAGCACCGGCAGUGACACGGACGAGGACGAUUCCAAUGGCCCCCCGUCUCUAGAAGAUGUAGGAGUGUCAGAGGAGCCACAGGUCCCAGGCGAGGAUCAGCAAGGUUCAGAACCCAACACCAGCGAGGUCAGUGAAGAGACCCAGAGCGCAGCAGCAGACCCGGACAGUUCCGACAAACCAGAUGAAGAAUGGCUGCAGGUCCUUGGGAACGAGCUGCUGAGAAAGAAAGUCCUGAUAGCGGGUCAGAACGAGGAGCCCAGACCACAGAAAUGUCAGAAUGUGACUGUGCGGCUGAAGAUGUCACUGGAGGAUGGGAGCGAGGUAGAGGAAGACUCUUCCCUCACCUUCACUGUGGGGGAUGGGGACGUUAUCCAGGCCUUGGACCUUUGCAUCCAGCUGAUGGACCCGGGGGAGACAGCGUUAAUCAUCUCCGAUGCCAAGUAUGCCUUUGGCUGUCUGGGCAGCACCCGGCCCUGCGUGCCCUCCAAUGCCACGGUGUACAUCGAGAUCCAGCUUCUCUCAGUGAAGGACGGGCCGGACAUCGAACUCCUGUCGGGCAAGGAGCGCCUACUGCAGUCCAACAUGAAGAGAGAGCGAGGGAACACCUACUUUCUCCGGAGCGAGUAUGUCUUCGCAAUCAGCUCGUACGACAUUGCUCUCAAUAUUAUAAACGCCAACUCCAAAGUUGAAUUUUCGCUGGAGGAAGAGCAGGAGUUAUCGGAUGUGAAGGUGAAGUGCCUAAAUAACCUGGCUGCGGCCCAGUUGAAGCUGGAACAUUUUGAGGCUGCACUUAAAUCCUCAAAUGCAGCCCUCAAGCACCAACCCAACAACAUCAAGGCACUCUUUAGAAAAGGGAAGGUUCUGACGUUGCAGGGCGAGUACACAGAAGCGAUACCAGUCCUGAAACAUGCCGCAAGACUCGAGCCAUCGAAUAAGGCGAUUCUGGUCGAACUCUCCCAGCUACUGAGGAAGCAAUCCGAGCAGCGGACUGUGGAGCAGGCAAUGUACCGGAAGAUGCUCGGGGAUAUGGCUAUUCCCCCCGUCUCCUCGCCAUCGCGAUUCUCAUGGAAUAUCCCGUGGAAGUGGCUGUUUGGGGCGACCGUGGUCGCAGUUGGCGGCGUGGCCGUGUCCGUCAUUGUCGCCGCAAGAACCUAACGCACUACAGCGCGGGCCGGGUAUCCCAUAGCGGGACGGGUCCACGACAAAAACUCGAACAGUGCUGAUUUAACUCCCUGCCCCAGAACAUUCUGAGCCUCACACUGUGUCAGGUAUUGUACAUAGUGUUAUUGGACUCCAGCCACCCCUUGCCCUUGACAUCCUUGUGGAGAAAGAAAGCAUGUAGUGAUCGAUAGCUCCACAUUAUAAAACACUGAUUAGAUUUAAUUUAUUUCUUCGCGGUGGCUUAGAGCUAGCUACCUGUUGAGUGAAAUUUAUGCAAAAUGUUUAUAUAAUUCUAAUAAAAUGUUUAUAUUGAA